AUGUAUUAAGCAGCCAGCAGAAAGACAUACUCUUCAAGGUAACUGGUUGUAACUAUGUGACGCGGCCAAUUCGGUGUGUGCUGAACAGUCCUUACCGCACCAUCACUGGUGAAUGCAACAACAGGGAACACCCACAUUUUGGAGUAGCAAAUCAUGCCUAUGCACGUUGGCUUCCAGCAGAGUAUGAAGAUGGCAUAUCCCUUCCAAGAGGACUGAUUGAGGGGCAACUUUAUCAUGGACAUCCUCUCCCUCUGGUACGGAAAGUAUCCAAUGAGAUCAUCACUACUUCCAAUGAGAAUGUCACGGCUGAUCAGGAACGCUCUCUUGCAUUCAUGCACUGGGGGCAGUGGAUUGACCAUGACUUGGACUUAGCUCAUGAGAGCCCAACCAACAUUGAGAAUAAGAAGGUCGAGUGUGAUACUAGUUGCAACUAUGUACCUCCUUGCUUUCCAAUUAAGAUCCCCCCUGGAGAUUCACGGAUUGUGACUCCGGGCAUUUGCAUGCCAUUCGUUCGGACAGCCGCAGUGUGCAACCCCAAAACGUUUGUCCGCGAACAGCUCAAUUCAAUCACCUCGUUCCUGGAUGCCAGCGCGGUGUACGGGAGUGAAGAGCCUUUAGCAAGGAGUUUGCGGAACCAAAGCAACUCGCUUGGUCUCAUGGCAAUCAACCAGAACUUCACCGAUGCGGGUCUGGCCCUUCUGCCUUUUGAGAACAAUUCCAACAGCCUCUGUCUACAUACGAAUAAAACUGCCAAAAUCCCAUGUUUUAAAGCAG